CCGGCGCGCUGGGGGACGUGCGGUUCCGGGUCGCUGCCUGGCUCACCGGCCGGCGGUGGGGGCUGGUGACUCGGGCCUGCGCUCACGAGAGGCCCUGGAGGCGGGGCUCUGCCGGCUGCCCAAAGAGCGGCAGGACAGAAUGCAUCGACCUCCAGGCUGUUUUAAAUCUAGUAGAUAAGCCAGAUACUGUGUUGCCAUAUGCCUUUGACCCACAUUUAAGUUGAAAUCCAGCUUGCUUGGAUGUCUGAAACUUUUUAGGCUCCUUUGUCUGAACACUGGUUACUGAAAAUUAUUGGUAGUUCAAGAACUGGUCAUCUGUACUGGAUAGCCAUACAGCAAAAAUGUUUGCAAAACUGAAGAAGAAAAUUGCAGAAGAGACUGCUGUCACUCAGAGACCAGGAGGUGCUACAAGGAUCCCACGGUCAGUGAGCAAGGAAUCAGUAGCCUCUAUGGGAGCUGACUCAGGAGAUGACUUUGCUUCUGAUGGAAGCAGCUCCAGAGAAGAUCUUUCAUCCCAACUUUUGAGAAGAAAUGAGCAGAUCCGGAAGUUAGAGGCCAGACUUUCUGACUAUGCUGAACAGGUCCGAAACUUGCAGAAGAUAAAAGAGAAGCUUGAAAUUGCAUUAGAAAAGCACCAGGAUUCUUCCAUGCGGAAAUUUCAAGAGCAGAAUGAGACAUUCCAAGCCAACAGAGCCAAAAUGGCAGAAGGACUGGCUUUGGCAUUAGCCAGAAAGGACCAGGAAUGGUCAGAAAAGAUGGAUCUGCUUGAAAAGGAGAAAAGGUUUUUGACAGCUCAGCUACAGGAAGUGAAGAACCAGAGUUUGAAUCUUUUUCAAAAGAGAGAUGAAAUGGAUGAAUUAGAGGGUUUCCAGCAACAGGAACUAAGUAAAGUAAAGCACAUGCUUUUAAAAAAAGAAGAGAACCUGGGAAAGAUGGAGCAAGAACUGGAGGCACGAUCCAGAGAACUUCAUCAGACCCAGAAAGAGUUGAUGACCUCCCAUCAGAUGUCAUCGGACUUAAGUCAGAAGUUAGAAGAAUUGCAGAGACGCUACUCAGCGCUGGAAGAGCAGAGAGAUCAUGUGACAGCUUCGAACGCAGGUGCAGAAAAUAAGAUCACAGCCCUGGAACAAAAGGAACAAGAGCUCCAAGCAUUCAUUCAGCAGCUUUCCAUUGAUUUGCAAAAGGUCACUGCUGAAACUCAGGAGAAGGAAAAAGUCAUCACACAUUUGCAAGAGAAGGUCGCAUCCUUGGAGAAGAGACUGGAACAGAACUUAUCAGGAGAAGAACACGUGCAGGAACUUCUGAGAGAGAAAAUUGUUGCUGAACAGAAUUUGGAGGAUACCAGGCAGCAGCUUUUGGCAGCCAGAAGUAGUCAGGCCAAGGCCAUUGACGUACUGGAGACUCGGGUGAAGGAACUGGAACGGAGCCUUCAAGCCUCUGAGGAGCAGCUCAGGCAGAGCAGGGAUGUCAUGGCUGCACAGGAUGCGCAGAUCCAGGAACUCGCGGCAGCAAACCGGGACAGCAGCCUCGCACAGCAGCAGGCGCUCGCCCUGCAGCAACAGUGCAGGGAGCGCACCCAAGGGCUGGAGGCCCAGGUGGCCGCCCUGGAGCAGGCUCAGGCUGCCGAGCAGACAGCGGCAGAGUGCAGAACGAGAGAGCUAGAACAAGAAAACGCAGCCCUUAAAGAAAGCAGAAAUGAAUUUGAACGUUCUUUACAACAUCAUCAGUUUGAGCUAAAGAAGCUGAAGGAAGAGUGGAGCCAAAGAGAAAUUGUGAGCGUGGCCAUGGCUCAAGCCCUGGAGGAAGUGCGGAAGCAAAGGGAAGAGCUCCAGCAACAGGCUACUGAGCUGACAGCCUCGGUAGACAAGAAGGAGCAGAGUUUGCGAGAAAAGGCCGAAGAACUUCUCCAGAAGGAACAGGAGAUUCUCCAGCUGGAGAAAGGUCAUGCCUCUGCCAUGCUGCAGAUGCACCAGCUGCAGAGUGAGCUGGAGGCCCUGAGGAGCCAGAGAGCGGAGGAAGUCCUGGUGGCCACAGUGCAGGAGCUGCCAGGGCUGCAGGGCCAGGAGCCAUGUGUAACCUCAGAAGCCAUGCAGGAUCCCGUGUGCCAGCUUCCAACUGCAGAAGGAACACCAAAUGGAGAGGUUGGGGCCAUGGAUCUAGGGCGGCUCCAGAAGGAAAAGCAGGACUUGGAGCAGCAGCUUAUAGAGAAAAAUAAGACCAUAAAGCAGAUGCAGCAGAGGAUGCUGGAACUCAAGAAGACUCUGCAGAAGGAGCUGAAAAUCAGACCUGACAGUGAGCUUUUUGAAGUCCGGGAAAAGCCAGGCUCUGAGGUGCCAAACAUGGCCCCUUCCGUCACGAAUAAUGCUGACCUUACUGAUGCUCGGGAGAUCAACUUCGAAUACCUUAAACAUGUUGUUUUAAAAUUCAUGUCCUGCCGAGAAUCCGAGGCUUUUCAUCUUAUAAAAGCUGUGUCAGUGUUGCUGAACUUUUCGCAAGAGGAAGAGAACAUGCUCAAAGAAACUCUGGAAUAUAAGAUGUCGUGGUUUGGUUCCAAACCAGCUCCCAAGGGCAGCAUCCGGCCAUCUAUCUCAAACCCUCGGAUACCAUGGUCCUAGAGGGAACACCCAAGGAUGGAGCUCCAUGGGUUGACACUUUUUCUGUGAAAAGAACACUGACACACCAGUCUGGGUGGGUUUUUAAUCACUGUAAAUGCAGUAUUUUGUACAAGUGUCUAAAUAUUGUUUACAAGACUUAAGGCCCACCUUCCUGAAGGCUGACAUGAACUUCAGGAGGGAGCUGAUACUAUGUCAUUCUGGUCACCCAAUGGGGAGGGCCCCAGCACUACCCAGACUUCCAGUGCUGCUAAUAUCCUAGCCCUGGCCAGCACCUGUCUGCACCUGAGUCCUCUGACAUUAGCACACAAAGCUGAAGCAGUGGUCAGCAUGUCAGGCUGCAACUGACUCAUUGUGUACAGGUGAUGUGUAGAGAUUACGGCCCUUUGAAAUCGUGCCCAGCAGGCCAGACCCACCUGCUGCUGCCGCAAAAAGCCAACUCCAUGAGGGUGGCUUUUAAAAGUCCCCUUCUAUUCGCAUAUUUUGGGUCAGUUAAGUUAGAAGAGGCUUUUGACCCUUCCUCUUGAGAAAACAUCAUUUCACCUUGUUUCCCACACCACGUAUAACUUGAGAUGUGUGCAUCUUUAAAGUACCCUGGGGGCCAGUGUGGACUAAUGAAGAAUAUGCAACUUUCUGACAGCGUCUCCAUUUUAUUUAAGAGAACUAGCAGUCAGAUCAAGAAAUUCUAAGUAUAGUACCAAAUACACUCAAUUGCCUUUUUAAUGAAUGUACUUAUCUUGGAUAGGUUGCUGGUAAACCAUUUUAAACUAUUUUUUAUAGCUAAAUAGUUCUUCACUAUUAUAUCUUCUGUAUUAUAAAAUCCAUUUAACUGCUGUUCUUAAAGGAAAAUCAAAUCAUCAAGAGGAAAUGUUUCUAUAAAUGGGAUUCCUGUCCCUCUGUGAUUCUGCUCUGAAGCAGCAGUGGUAUGUCAUCAGCUUUGCUCUAAAUCCUGUCAUACUACCACUGAGCAGAUGCUGAUCACACUUUUUCUACUUAGGGAUAGUCACUGUAUUCAACCGAAGCAGCAGCUGUCCCUUCUUCCUCAGCCUUGACCAAAACAUUGGCAGCCAUCUGCCUUGUAUGUGGCGCCACUCUCCCAUCGCCCUGCCCUCCAUAUUUAAGAUGACACUACAUUCAUAUAUAGCAUCAGAACAGCCCCCAGACGGCUGCAGUACUUGAUAGCACACACAUGCCUCUGACAGGAGCUGAUAAAAACUUGUAUGCAUUAUUAUGCUUGUUCUGGAUAAGCCACAACAUGGAUUCUAAAAGGAAACCAUUUACUGAUUUAUAGUUUGAUAAAAGUUUCAUUGGUAAAUAAAAAACUACUAGUAACUGGAGCUCCUAAAUUUAUUGUUAUAUAUCUACAUAAAGCUGUUCCUCAAUUAUGCUUAAGGUCAGUGUGUAUAUGUACGCACACACAUUCAUAAAAUAUAUCUCACAGAAAAACAAGCAUUUGCAGAGUUUGCUUCCUUUCCGUGAAGUACCAAGCCAGGACAGCAAGACCUUAGCCCAACUCAGGCUCUCCCAUGCAAAAGAACCAUUCUCCAAUUACCUACCUCCUCAUGAGGCCCUUCCUGCAGAUGUCUGUCCCUUUAGAAUGCUACUUCCCACCUAGUAGGGACAUGAAACUGGAGUCCCUUCUGUUUGAUAACUUCGAUGAAUAAGAGGUAGCUUCUUUACAAAGUGGAAUUUCCUGUUUUCACCUGUUCCAAGAAAGAAUCCAUGGGGACUGACAGUUCACGGCUUACCAGAGGCCACUACACUUCUGUGGAAGCCCAUGCCACUCCCCUGGCCAUUUGAGGGGUGGCUGUGGGGCCCAUCCAGUAGCUUAAGACAGCUCCCUCUGACUAGGCUUUCCUCCUGCAUGUUGAAUUUCCUUCAGCUUUAAGAGGAAGAGUGGAGUAAAUAUUCCAAGUGAUUUAAUGCACUUUUACUUGUAUAAAACUUUAUGUGAUACAGUAUAUAUAGCCCUUUAUAUGAGCAUUAGACCUUGAUCACACUCCCAGUGUUGUAAAUAGGAACUGUAUUAUCUAAAAACUGCUGUAGAAAAUUCAUUUGUGGUGCAAUACACUUUUGGAUUAAAGCUCUUCAAUCCAGAGACAACUACAAUGGGUUUUACUUGAUAUAGCUGGGCAUUUCUUUGACUUGUUAAAUCUAACACUUGUGUCAUAUUUAAUAUUUCAAGGGCGGCUACAGGGUGUCUCUCAGAA